CCCGAGGCCACGAAUACAUCUUGCACUUGACUGACAGUCAACCUCGCCUAUUUACAACAUUUAUAUAGCAGGGGCAUAUAAACUUCGAUCCUACAUUGUCAGUCAGUCACUAUUUUGUAGCAAAUAUGGCUACCAUGUUGUCUCGCACGAUCUCAUUAGCAGAGAAUAUUACCCGAUUUAAUGGAUCGAAGAUUUUAGCUUGCAAAACCAAUUUGUCGAAGCAACAGAGAAGAAAUUUGAAUGUACACGAACACAUUAGCUACAGUCUUUUAAAUGAAGCUGGUAUUCCUACACCUAAAUUUGGCGUGGCCAAAACUCCAGAAGAAGCGGCGAAAAUCGCUGCCAACUUACAAACUAAAGACAUAGUUUUGAAAGCUCAGGUUCUUGCUGGAGGACGAGGCAAGGGUCAUUUUAAAGAUACCAACAUCAGUGGCGUGAAGAUGUGCGAGACACCAGAAGAAGCCAGAGACCUAGCAAAGAGUAUGUUAGGCAAGUUAUUAAUAACAAAACAAACUGGAGAAGCCGGUAGAAUUUGCAACGCUGUGAUGAUUACGCAAAGAAAGUUUCCUCGUAAGGAAUACUAUUUAGCUGUUAUGAUGGAAAGAGCAUUUGGUGGUCCAGUUAUAAUUGCCUCAAGCCAAGGAGGCGUCAAUAUCGAGGAAGUCGCUGCUACGAACCCAGAUGCCAUUAUGUAUGAGCCCAUCGAUAUAGAGAAGGGAAUUACAAAAGCGCAGGCGGACAAAAUUGUUAGCAAAUUAGGCCUUGACAAUGUUAAGGACUCAAUUUCGAAAAUGAUAAUGAACCUCUAUCAAAUGUUCCUCAAGAAAGAUGCUCUUUUGCUGGAAGUUAAUCCACUCGCCGAAGACAUCAAAGGAGAAUAUUUUGCUCUGGACUGUAAAUGUAGAUUUGACGAUAAUGCUGAAUUUAGACAAAAAGAUUUAUUCGGUUUACGAGAUUGGUCUCAAGAGGACCCUAAAGAAGUUGAAGCUGCGAAAUUCGAUUUGAAUUACAUUGCACUGGAUGGAAAUAUUGGUUGCAUGGUGAAUGGAGCUGGACUGGCCAUGGCCACAAUGGACAUUAUAAAACUGCAUGGAGGAGAGCCUGCAAAUUUCCUCGAUGUUGGUGGUGGCGCUACAGCUUCUGCUGUCAAGGAAGCCUUUAAAAUUAUUACCUCAGACCCACGAGUUGAUGCUCUCCUAGUUAACAUAUUUGGUGGAAUCAUGAGAUGCGAUGUUAUCGCUGAAGGUAUUAUUGCAGCAACCAAAGAACUCGAUCUUCGAAUUCCAGUUGUAGUUAGAUUGCAGGGAACAAAUGUCGACGAAGCCAAAGCUCUCAUAGCGAAUGCCGGACUCAAAAUCGUCCCAGUUGACGACCUCGAUGAGGCUGCACGAGUAGCUGUCAAAUUGUCAACCAUCGUGAAAAUAGCCGCUUCCGCAAAAGUUGGCGUCAAUUUUGAAUUACAUUCAAUUUCAUAAAUCUAGGAUCAAUUAUUAUAAUAAAUGAUUUACAUUUUACUGCGCGUUUUAAAAAAAAACCCACGGAAUUUGACAAUUAAUCUGUGCGAAAUUGUAUCGUGCACUUGAAAAAAGAAAACAUGUUCAUGUUUAAAUUUGUUUUCGUGCCAGAAGUUUGCAUGAUACAUUUUUUUUGAUAAAUUUUUCCCUAUGGCAAAAGCUUCGUCAAAUGCAAAAAUAUUCGUGUAAUACUAAAAUACCUGUAAUAUACAUGAACUUAAAUCGUUCAUUAGCUAAUUGUGUAAGUGAUCUGCAGCAAUAAGAAUUUUAUGCACAUUAUAUUGAUAAUUCGUUGUGUAUCAAUAUAUUGUUUACUUUUUAGCAUAGAAACAAAGUAGUUUUCAGUAUUAAAAAUUAAAUUACUUUCGGCGUCCCUUUGUCAAUGUUGGACAUGAAUCGUAUUUAACAAGCGAAAAUAUCUUUUAACUUUUCGUCUCUAAAUUAAAUGUUUGUUGUUAAAUUUUUCUCUAAAUUAUUAGUUUGCUCUUCGAAAUUUCUAUUUCUUGUAUUAUAUUGAGACGUACAUAAAUUAUUUUAUAUAUUUUUACUUCGUUUUUAUUUGUUUUCAUUUUUUUUUCUGUCUGCUAUGAAAGUUUGUUUAUUUUAUGAGCACAAAGCAGAGAAGACAAAAAUAUAUAAAUUUAUUUCAGACAUUUCUGCAAUGUUUUUGGCCACUGUAAUACUUUGUUUUGGCCAAUUCUUUGCGUAUACUAAAAUUAUUACUUUUAAGAUUAUUUAAUUCCAAUUUAUAGUUCAAGUUUUAACAGCAUGUGAUAGUUUAAUCACUAAACACUUUAAUCAUUUUCUAAAUUUUUUUACAGUAGUAAAUUAAAAAAUAUCAAAACUUUCACAUAUCUCUGCCUUUUAUUCUGGAGUAUUCUGGACUCUUUCAAAAAAUGCCAGCUCCAUCCAUUGUUUUGCGAUAAAAGUGUCUUAACAUUGCGGUAAUCACGUCACCUGACAACAAUCAUACGCUGUUAAAUCUUUAAUUCGUGUUAUAUUACGAUCGUAUUAAAUAUUAAAAUAAUAAACUGUGUCCUUGAAUGAA